UAAGAGACCCGGAAACGGUUCCUUCCUGUGUGUUCACUGGUCGUGGGUCCCAAACAGACAGCUGAGCUCCCUCCCGGCGAUGAUAUCCCACUCUGCAAUCCGGGCUUUUCGAAGCAGUGUGAGGUGCUGGCGACAGCGGACUGUCCUCAAAGCGGCUCUGGAGGCCUCGGACGUCAGCGGUUGGCGUUGCUACUCGACCCCAAUUCGUGGUGUCACGGGCAUGGAGGAGAUACUGGCGAGGGUCGUUGCACCUUUACCCACAUACGAAACGAGAGACAAGUCCCCUCCUCCUCCCGAAUCAAACAGCUUGGACUUCAUGCACUUCUACGGCAGUCUCGAGAAGGAAGACAAACUCGGCUUCCUGGCGAAGCUGUCACAAGACUUCGGAGUUGACCACAAAAGCGUUUCAGAGCUCGCCUUGAGGCUGCUGGACACUCAGCUGCGAGAUGUGGCAACCGUUUUGCAAGUUGAAGACAGGCUGCGGUACGGUUUGACUCCACGUUAUAAACAGUUGCUUAAUCAUAUAAGCAGGGUCGAGGGGGGAGUGAAGUUUCUGGUGGAUCUCCGAGCCGAUGUUCUUGAAAUAAUCUCAUCCAGAGCUAGCGAGAGCCCGCACAUCAGGGACCUAAACGGCACGCUGAAGAGCUUGCUGUCUGAGUGGUUCUCUGUAGGCCUGCUCCGACUGGAGAGAAUCACCUGGCAGUCCCCCUGCGAGAUCCUGCAGAGAAUCAGCCAGUAUGAGGCAGUGCACCCUGUAAGGAACUGGACUGACCUGAAGCGCAGAGUGGGGCCAUACCGCCGUUGUUAUGCCUUCACCCAUGCCGCCAUGCCAGGAGAACCCCUGGUUGUACUGCACGUGGCCCUCACAGAAGACAUUUCUGAUAACAUUCAGAGUAUUGUCCGUGAGUUCGCCACUCUUGACUCCGAGGAGGAUGUGAAUAAGAUAAAUGCAGCCGUCUUCUACUCCAUCUCCUCCACCCAGGCUGGCCUUCAAGGGGUGGAGCUGGGCAACUACCUCAUCAAGAGGGUGGUCCGAGAACUACAGAGCGAAUUCCCUCACAUGGCCCAGUUCUCCAGCCUGUCUCCGAUCCCGGGCUUUUCCUCCUGGCUCCAAGGGCUGCUCAGCCAGUACAGGAAGGAGGGCCGGGGCUCUGACCUCCUCUCUGAGCAGGAGUGGAAGGAGGUGGAACAGGCCACUGACUCAGCCCCGGGGACCCCGGCCAUUGAGGCCCUCCGCAAGCUGAUCGCCACCAGCGAGUGGAUGCGCUCCGAGCGCCUGACCCGUGUCCUGGAGCCCGUCCUGAUGCGUCUCUGUGCCUGGUACCUCUAUGGCGAGAAGAGGCGAGGCUACGCUCUCAAUCCGGUGGCCAACUUCCACCUGCAAAACGGCGCCACCAUGUGGCGGCUCAACUGGCACGCUGACACCAGCCCUAGGGGCGUGGCCAACUCCUGCGGCGUCAUGGUGAACUAUCGUUACUUCCUGACAGAGACGUCUAAAAACAGUGCUCUUUACCUGCAGAAUAAGGUCAUCGUUGCAUCAGAGCAGGUGCUGGGGCUGGUGUCCCAAUUUCAGAAGAACAGCAAACUGUGAGAAAGAGACGAGGAAACACACAUAAAUACGCCACUGCUCUGUUAGAUGGCACUUGAUACCAUUAAUACAUUAACUAAGACACUUUGUUUAAUUUGAUUCUAAUGUUUGACAUGUUUCUUUAAAUUUCCCAAGUGGUGCUUCGGAAGCACCACUAAAUUGAAACUGAAUUGAAAUUAGAACAUUUCGGUGUCUCAUCCCAUCUUCUGUGUGUAGUGUGCAUAGGUUAGGCUUCUUGCCUCAUUGGGCUUCUGGUUGAAGCUGUUUGAUAUUGUGUCACUGCCUGCCAGGCUGAGAGACUGCAGCUAAUGAAGCACGAGGCAUCUAUCAAUGCUUUGCCAUGUUCCUGGAUAACAGUGUGUGUAAUGGUGAAGCACGAGCAAUGAGAGAGUGCAGCUGCUGGAAUAAAUGAUGUUUAGAUUCUUUCAUUUGGCUGAACUGUCUCACUGCAAACAUGUUGAUGAAUGGGAGAGUAUCUGAUUGUGUCUUCUUUUUUUUUUCUUGGGUUAAGGUUUAUAUACACCUGCUGUUACACUGCUUUUUCCCACUGAAGCUCAAUACACAAAGGCAUGAAAUCAC